AUGCAAAAUAAAAGAGGUUUAAGUGAAAGCAGUGAUAAUGAAUCUAGUGAUAGUGAUGUUCUUCCGCUAACCAGAAAGCGUCCAAGGCGUAUGAUUAUAGAAGAUAGUAGUGAAGAGGAAGGUACGACGCGUCAAUCAUGGAUUUGGCAGGAGAAAAAAAACACACCAAUAGUUUGGACGUAUUCUGAGACUCAUGGUAUAAAAGCGUCUGUUCUUACUAAUUUAAGCAAGGAUCCAACAAUAUUAGAACUAUUUUCUAUUAUAUUUGAUAACAAACUGUGGGAUAUAAUUAUUACGGAAACAAAUCGCUUCGCAUACCAAGAAAUGAACGACGAGUGUAAAAGACGGAAAGUGGACGACAAUUGGUAUCCUGUUACCUUAGAUGAAAUAAAGGCCUACUAUGCAUUAUGUAUUUUGAUGAGUCAAGUAAAAAAAUCAAAUAUACAACAGUAUUGGACUACAAGAGCAGUAAUAGAAACGCCAAUAUUUCGAAAAACAAUGCCAUUUAAGAGAUUUCGGCAAGUUUCGAGAUUUUUACACUUCUCUAAUAAUGAAACUUCUGAUAGAAAUGACCGACUUCGAAAGGUAAGACCUAUCAUCAACCUCUGGAAUGAAAAAUUUAAAGAAAUUUACACACCCAGUGAAUAUAUCAGCAUUGACGAAUCCUUGAUGAAAUAUAAAGGGCGUUUAGCAUACAAACAAUACAAUCCGUCGAAAAGAGCUCGAUUUGGAUUAAAAAUUUAUAAAUUGUGCGAGGCAAGUACCGGUUUCUGUCAUAAAUUCAAAAUAUAUACCGGCCAGGACAAAAUUAAUGUAAAUGAUAGUGCGUCGCAGAACGUUGUGAUGGAUUUGUCAAAAUCAAUAAUAAACAAGGGAUAUACUUUGAUUCUGGAUAACUGGUACUCUUCACCCGACCUUUUUUUAAAAUUAAACCAGAAAAGGACAAAUGUUAUCGGGACAGUACGCAAAAAUAGAAAAAAUAUGCCAGGGGAUAUUCAAAAGCCUGUUUUGAAAAAAGGAGAAUGUGUAUGGAGGAGUUGCAAUAAUUUGAUAGCUCUGAGAUGGAAAGACAAGCGCGACGUGUAUAUGAUAUCAACGAAACACGAAAGUGUAGAGAUGGUUGAGCAAUCGGACAAAAAAUUACAGAAAGUAAUGAAGCCUAAUUGUAUCGUGGAAUAUAACAAAGGUAUGGGUGCAGUUGAUCAUCAAUCAAGAUCAGAUGUUAUCCUCUUUCCCAAUCAUGAGAAAAGCCAUCAAAGGAUACCGAAAGCUUUUCUUUUACAUGUCAGAUAUGGCCCUAUUCAAUACCUAUAUUAUGCAUAA